GACCGUCGACUCCUCUCUCCUCGCGCCUCUGCGCAGACUCAGACUGUGGAUCAGUGGCUCCCUGGGAGCGCGAGCUGUUAGCGCGUAUCUUAGUGUAGCGGUUAGCUGUUAGCUCGGACUUUAGCGGAGCUGAUCCAGGUGAGCCCGGGUGGCUCAAAUGCCCGGAUCUUUCGGUGAAACGCAACCAACAACUGGUGCCGUGACAAGGCCGCGGAGACAGGUGUGUGAGCUGUGCUGACCUUGGCGGCGAUGGCGCUGAUCGAAGGUGUCGGUGAUGAGGUGACGCUGCUGUUCGCCGCUCUGCUGCUGCUAACGGUGCUGCUGCUCGCCUGGAUCUCCACCCGCACAUCCGAGCCCCCUGAACACCUGUUCACAGGCUCCUCCCCUUUACAGAGGCCCGGGCAAACCCAGCAGGACACGCCCUUUUCAUCCACCGCCGUCUCCUCAUCCUCGCCCCCCUACCCACCAUCCUCACCCUCCACCUUCUCCAUGUCCUCGUCCUCACCUUCCUCCUCUGUGAACGACAGCUUCCUGACAGAGGCUCCCCCCACACUCGAGGAUGGACAGGUGGGAGGGGACGGGGUGAGGCGCAGAGGAGGAGACGGGGAGGGUGCGGUGUCUCAGCGGAACAUGGUGGUCAGACUCAAGUUCCUCAACGACACGGAGAGGACGGCGCAGGUCCAACCGCAGGACACCAUCGGGUACAUCAAGAGGACCUACUUUGCGGGGCAGGAGCAUCAGGUGCGUCUCAUCUAUCAGGGCCAGCUGCUGCAAGACGACGCGCGGACGCUCGCCUCGCUGAACCUCGCCCAUAACUGCGUGCUGCACUGCCACAUCUCGCAGCACGCGGCGCGGGGGGUGGCGGGGGGCCAGCGGGCGGGAGACCAGGUGCGCGUGGCGCUAAACGUGGGCAGCCUGAUGGUCCCACUGCUCGUGCUCAUGCUGUCCGUGCUGUGGUACUGUCAGAUCCAGUACCGCCAGUUCUUCACCGCCCCCGCCACCGCCUCGCUGGUCGGGGUCACCAUCCUCCUCAGCCUGGUGGCCUUUGGCGUCUACCGCCGCUAGCCUCCCGUGGGCCGGCGGCGGGGAUGAGACGCUACCUGCAGUUAGUGUUUCUUUCGGUUGCCAUGGAGACGCAGUGAGGACAGAGACUCUUAUCAUUAGAUCACACGUUUAUCUUCAUCAUCAGCGUGCCUCUUUGAUUUCUGUGGGAGGCACAGACACACCUGUCUGCCUCACCUGUGUGUGUGUGUGUGUGUGUGUGUGUGUGUGUGUGAGAGAGAGAGAGAGAGAGAGAGAGAGACAGCGUUUCAGCUUUUGGAGAAAAUCUAUUAAACCUUUAAUUUAUCCCGUGGUGUCUGAGUGUGUGUGUGUCACACCUGUACAGGUGAUUCUGAGGGUGGAGCUGCUGCAGUCACAUGGCUGGUUGGCAUCACCUGAUUGGCGGGGCGGUCAGCAUUGGGGAAUACAGAUUUUUCCCUAGCGACAGGUGGUUGCUAAGCAGUCUCUAACCAUCCAGGAUCAGCUGAUAAUGGAGGCCAUUUCCAGGGUGAAGAUUAUUAUAUGGGCUCUUAUGUUUGACCUUUGACCCUCUGUGUAGCAGGAAGUGUGUAAUGUUACAAAAUAAAGUUGGAUACAAAAAGC